AUGAAUAAACAGCUAAAGGCUUCUAGGGCUCCACCCAUUUCGCCAGUUGCGAAUCAGCAUCGUAAGUUUCAAAAAAUUGUCGAAUUCGUCCUAUUUUGUUACAUUUCAGAUGCUCAAACGCCGCCCUUCUCAUCAAGCUUCCGUACGGUUCGUUUUCAAGUUUCAAUGUUACAAAAAACAUGAAUUUUCUCAGAAUCCGCCGAACGUGAACAAAUGGAGAAAAUUGAAUCGGAGUUGUCUGGACAAGGAUGUUCUCGAAGGCGCCACUGAAAGCAUCCUAAAAAUAGUACAUCCUGGAAGCAGCGAGCAGAGCAUAUUGACUCGAGAAAAAGACAGAAAUAGUAAGAACUACUGUUUUGCUUUCUUACUUUCAUCUUGUUUCAGGAAUCCGUGAACACAUUCUUCGUACAAUGAAAGCACCUGAACGGCCGUCAACGUUCGGAAGACGCUUUUUGAGCUGUAAUCAUCCAACCAAUCCCAUAGAUAUAAUCAGUGAAAUGCAACGGAGACGCAAAGCCAAACCGGUCGAAUUGAGAAAGAGUCGCCCUCUGAUGGAAGGCCUUUCCGAUGAGCUGCGAGUCGCACCAACGACCGUCAAGACAGUUUCCACCAAUUUCGUUUUCCAGCCACCAGAAGACAUUAUCAAAGAGACGCUUCGACAGAAGCAGCAGUAAUCCGAAAACCGUCUUCCUUGCUUUUUCUAGUUUUCAGACCUAAAAUAUGCAAACAAGUAACAUUUCACAGUCCGGAAGAGCAGAGCUUCAAGGUUCCAGUGACAUCCGUCUCUUGUCCAACUCUUCAGGAAUCGCUUUCAGUAAAGUUUUCAGUCGAAUGUGACGCAUUCAGUACACCGUCUCGUCCACAUCGAUCGGAAGUUUUCUCUCAACCACCGCCACUUUACAAGAUAAAGCGAGCAAAUUACGUGAUGGCCAAUGAAAAGUCGGAAAUUCCGCUGGCUUCCGGUGUUCCACGUCCAGAGUCGCGAAGAGAAAUGUCAAAACUACAACGUUCUCCUGGUUAGAGAAUCUUCAACUCUUCAGACAAUCUUAAAGUUUUAGACUUCUCCACGGCGGAUUUCGAAUUCGAGUUCGAUUCUCAAGUGCAAUCGAAACAAAGUGACCCGUAUGAGAUUUUCGGAUUGAAACCGAAGGAUACAAAUCACAGCAUCUUUUAA